UGCACCGCAGUCUGUGGAGAAGCUGGCUCAUACGGGGAGGUCGUCAGGAGGCUGGAGUUGCUAGUUGGAGCUACAAGGUUUUGGAAAACGCCGCAAAACCUGCUUUACUCCUUCUGCCAUGGACGGCAUAUAAUGUUUUCACGACGAAUGGAGCUAUUGUUCAUCAUUAUCGUCUUUGGGUACCAAUGAAACUUGGCUGACAUGGUGAAUUGAGAUGAAAUCGAAGUUCCUUGCUGGACAACCAGGAGAGCUAACAUUAUUCAUACUGAUGGACCUAACCCAGCCAGGCGACGUAUUAACUCAGCAACUAAGUUAGUCCGGAGUUUUAGUUCAAACCCUCGCGUUUACACUAGGCAUAUUUCUUAUUUAUGUAAUAAAUUAGACUUAAUGUUCUGUGUGAUUUAUCCAUGAGCUAAUGUAACGUUAUUUGAUAUGUGUUUUAACCACAGUCAGUGUCGCUAACGUUAGAUAGCAUUGGAGAGCUACAGUCAGAAAAGCUAUUCUUCAAACAGACAGUAACGUUAACGUUAACUGAGCUAGCAAAGAUACUACGACUAGGUUAAAUCAUGACAGAUUUAUUUUGUUGAUGCACAGCCUGUUCACUGCACGCAAGUACAGUUGGUGAGUCAAAAAAGACGAAUUAAGUUUUUGUCAUGAAAUGAAAUUCAGGAGUAAGUGAGGAUAUUGACUUGCCCUUGCACUGUUUUGUACCCAUAGUUAGUAGCUUGCAAGCUAACUAGCCAACUGCCAGUCUAGUCGCCAAACAAACCAACUGGUCAAUGUAUUUUAAGUCUGUGAUAAGUAACGUUAACGUAGCAAGCGGUAGACAGCUUAGCAGUCUUGGCACAUAAGCCGGUGGAUAAAAGGACCUAAGAGGCGUAACCACAAUGCAGAACCCCGUCAAUCAGUAGAAUUACGCGUUAUUGCCUUCAUCACUGGAAUAGUUGCGACCUGUCAUAACAUUUCAAAUAUGUAACUGGCUGUCUAGAAAAUAAACUGCAACAGAAGCCCACCUUUGCUCAACGUGUUAGCUUACUGCUAACGUUAGCUAACUUCAGGGGGAUGAGUCGUUUGUGUUAACGUUAGCCAACAUAACGUUUAUCAACGUGGCUUAGCUAAUAGCUUACAGCUACCUCAGUCGCAGAGUAAUAAUAUCACUCUGGAUAUUAGGACACCGUUUGACUGAAGAAACAUCCUAGGUUCGAGAGCAAAAAUGUCGGGGGAAGUUCGUUUGAAGAAGCUGGAAAAGCUUGUCCUGGACGGUCCUGUCCAGUCCAGCGGACAGUGCUUCAGCGUGGAAACGCUUCUGGAUAUUCUUAUUUGCCUGUACGACGAAUGCAUCAACUCCCCGCUCCGAAGAGAGAAGAACAUAUCGGAAUUUCUUGAAUGGGUCAAGCCGUUCACCUCCAAAGUGAAGCAGAUGCGGCUGCAUAAGGAGGACUUUGAGAUCUUGAAGGUGAUUGGCCGAGGAGCCUUUGGAGAGGUUGCCGUGGUGAAGGUGAAGAAUGCAGAUAAAGUGUUUGCCAUGAAGAUCCUCAACAAGUGGGAGAUGCUGAAGAGAGCUGAGACGGCGUGCUUUCGGGAGGAACGGGACGUGCUGGUGAACGGUGACAACCAGUGGAUCACCACACUGCACUACGCCUUCCAGGACGACAACUUCCUGUACCUGGUGAUGGAUUACUACGUGGGCGGUGACCUGCUGACCCUGCUCAGUAAAUUUGAGGACCGUCUGCCGGAGGACAUGGCUCGCUUCUACCUGGCCGAGAUGGUGCUGGCCAUCCACUCUGUCCAUCAGCUUCACUACGUCCACAGGGACAUCAAGCCAGACAACAUUCUUCUGGACGUGAACGGACACAUCCGCCUGGCAGACUUCGGCUCCUGCCUCAAACUAAUGGAGGAUGGCACGGUGCAGUCGUCUGUGGCGGUGGGCACCCCCGACUACAUCUCCCCAGAGAUCCUGCAGGCCAUGGAGGAGGGGAAGGGGCGCUACGGGCCCGAGUGUGACUGGUGGUCACUGGGCGUCUGCAUGUACGAGAUGCUCUACGGGGAGACCCCUUUCUAUGCAGAGUCCCUCGUGGAGACCUACGGCAAGAUCAUGAACCACAAGGAGCGGUUCCAGUUCCCAGCGCAGUCGGAGGCGUCAGAGGACGCCAAGGACCUGAUCCGGCGGCUGAUCUGCAGCCGAGAGCAUCGUCUGGGCCAGAACGGCCUGCAGGACUUCAAGCAGCACCCUUUCUUCACAGGCAUCGACUGGGACAACAUCCGCAACUGUGAGGCCCCCUACAUCCCCGAGGUCAGCAGCCCGUCCGACACAUCCAACUUCGACGUGGAGGACGACUGCCUCAAGAACACGGAGACCAUGCCCCCUCCCUCUCAUACCGCCUUCUCUGGACACCACCUUCCUUUUGUGGGUUUCACCUACACCAGCAACUGCUCGCUGUCGGACCGCGGCUGCCUGCGUGAGUGGGGGGGCCCGGGCCCGAUGGACGUCGGGGUGCAGCGCAGCCUGGAGGAGAGCCUGGCGGUGGAGGCCUGGCGGCAGCUCGCCCGGCUGGAGCAGGGCUUCGAGCUCAGCCCCGCCAAACUGCAAGAGGCCACUAAGACGGUGCAGGCCCUGCAGUACUCUAGUGGAGACGGACCCGUCAGCACCACCAAGGAGUUUGAGAUCCGCGGCCUCAAGGAGGAGAUCGAGAGCUUGAGGAAACAGAUUGCAGACUCGGGUCACUUGGAGCAGCAGUUGGAGCAGGCCGGCGCGGCGAGGCGGGACCUGGAGGAGUCGUCCCAGCGUCUGCGCUCACUCGAGAAGCAGAUCAAGAGCAUCAAACAGGAGAGGGACGACAUACAGAAGGAGCUGGCGGAGCACAGUGAGCGUGUGAAGUCUCAGGGUAAGGACCUGAAAGAGGCGCACAGCCAGAGGAAGCUGGCCAUGCAGGAGUUCUCGGAGAUGAGCGAGAAGCUGACCGACCUGCGCUCCACCAAGCAGCGCCUGGCCCGCCAGCUCCGCGACAAGGAGGAGGAGAUGGAGGCCCUGGGGCAGAAGAUGGAGGCCAUCCGCCAGGACGUACGCAAGACCGAGAGGGCCAAGAAGGAGCUGGAAGCACAGGCUGAGGAGCAGGCUGCGGAGGCCCAGAAGGAGAAGAAACUGAGAGAACGCAGCGAACAGUACAGCAGACAGCUAGAGGAGGAGCUGGAGAUGAUGAAGCAGAAGCAGAUGGGUCGCACUCCGAGCGUGUCGUCGUCGGCCCCCGAGCAGCAGCAGGAGCUGGGCCGUCUCCGUGGCGACCUUGAGAAGCAGACGGUCCUGCACGAGGAAGAGUUGGUGCGUCGCGAGGCGCAGUACACCAGCGAGCUGAAGAACCUGAAGAAGGAGCUGCACGAUGCGGAUGCCCAGCAGGUGGCGCUCAACAAGGAGAUCCUGGUGCUCAAAGACAAGCUGGAGAAGACGCGCCGAGAAAGCCAAAGUGAGCGUGAGGAGUUUGAAACGGACUACAAGCAGAAGUAUGAGAGGGAAAGGGUCCUGCUCACCGAGGACAACAAGAAGCUCUCCAGCGAACUCGACAAGUUGACAUCCCAGUAUGAGAAGCUGAGUGCGAGUAAUAAGCAGCUGGAGGAGGAGCUUAGAGAGCUGUCCGACAAGAAGGAGAGUGUAGCCCACUGGGAGGCCCAGAUCACCGAGAUCAUCCAGUGGGUGAGUGAUGAGAAGGACGCUCGUGGCUACCUGCAGGCUCUGGCCACCAAGAUGACUGAGGAGCUGGAGGGACUGAGGAGCAGCAGCCUCGGAGCCAGGGGGACGGACAUGCCAUGGAAGAUGCGUCGGCUGGCCAAGCUGGACAUGUCUGCUCGGCUUGAGCUGCAGUCUGCCCUGGACGCCGAGAUCAGAGCCAAACAGGCCAUCCAGGACGAACUCAACAAGGUCAAGGCCGACAACUUGAGCACCGAAUGCAAACUGAAGGAGUCUGAUGGCAAGAACCAGGAGCUCCAGGCUGAGAUCGAAAGGCUCAAACGUGAGACUGAGGAGCUGCGCAUGGGAAAGGGAGUAAAACACCAGGACUCCCAGAAUUCCUUCCUUGCCUUUCUGAAUGCACCUACCUCUGCGCUGGAUCAUUUUGAUCGUUCCCCUGCCUGUGGUCCAACUAGCAAAGGCAGAAGAAUUGACUCCAUUGAUAACUUUAGCCUGUCCAACACCCCGUCACGUGAGGACGAUGCCAAGUCUGGCCAGCUCAUUUCACGCUCGCGCUCCCCCUCCACCACCAGUGACGUGGAGCCCAUGGAGGGGACUGAGCGUACAGCUACCCCAACCAUGCGGUCCACGUACAGUGGGUCCAGCCUAGGACCAAAGCCACGUGCCCAUCAGUUUGUGGUGAAGUCCUUCAACACCCCCACCAAGUGUGGCCAGUGCACCUCCCUCAUGGUGGGCCUCAUCCGGCAGGGCUGCACCUGCGAAGUGUGCAACUUCUCGUGUCAUGUGACCUGUGCGGACAAGGCCCCGGCAGUGUGUCCGAUCCCCCCUGACCAGACCAAAGGCCCUCUGGGCAUCGACCCCCAGAAGGGCAUCGGCACUGCCUACGAGGGACACGUGCGGGUUCCGAAGCCGGCGGGUGUAAAGAAGGGCUGGCAGCGAGUGCUUGCGGUGGUGUGUGACUUCAAGUUGUUCCUGUACGACGUGGCCGAGGGCAAGGCGGCCCAGCCCAGUGUAGUAGUCAGCCAGGUCAUGGACAUGAGAGAUGAGGAGUUCUCCGUCAGCUCAGUGCUGGCAUCUGACGUCAUCCACGCCAACAGGAAGGACAUCCCCUGCAUCUUCAGGGUGACGGCGUCCCAGCUUGCAUCGGCGGCGGGUGGCAGGAAGUGCUCGGUGCUGCUGCUGGCCGACAGCGAAUCAGAGCGCAGCAAGUGGGUGGGGCUCCUGAGCGAGCUACAGCGGCUGCUACGCAAGAACAAGCUGAAGGAGCGCUCGGUGUACGCGCCCAAGGAGGCCUACGACAGCGCCCUGCCCCUCAUCAAGGGCACGCAGACCGCCACCAUCAUAGAUCAUGAACGGAUCGCUCUGGGGAAUGAAGAGGGGCUGUAUGUUAUUCAUGUUACCAAAGAUGAGAUCAUCCGCGUGGGUGACAAUAAGAAAGUGCACUCCACGCUCGCCCGGCCGGAGCAGCUUCUGGCGCGGUGUCCGGGUCGCAACCGCCGUGCGCCUGAUCGCUGCCUCGGGCGCUGACGGCGUGGUGAGAGCGAGGCCUACAAGCUGGCGGAGACCAAGGGCUGCCAGGCGCUCUGCUGGGGGCUGCUGAGGCAGGGCGCCGGGCCAGCUGCCUGUCGCGGGCGGUUGCCGGCAGGGUCAUCGUCACGAAGCUGAUCAAGGCAGCGACGCCGACAGCGCAAGAUCAAGGAGCUGCAGGCGCCCGCAGCUGUCCAGUGGAUGGCCAUCAUGAGCGACAGACUCUACGUCGGCUACCAGGCGGGUUUCAUGCGUUACAGUGUGCAGGGCGACGGCUCCCCGGCGCCCCUGCUGCACCCGGACGACCACACGCUGGGCUUCAUCGGGCAGCAGGGUCUGGACGCCCUGUGUGCCGUGGAGAUCUCCACCAAGGAGCUGCUGCUCUGCUUCAGCAGCGUCGGCGUCUACGUGGACUGCCAGGGACGACGCUCACGCCAACAGGAGCUCAUGUGGCCCGCAGUGCCCUCCGCCUGCUGUUACAGUGCCCCCUACCUGUCAGUGUACAGUGAGAACGCAGUGGACGUGUUUGAUGUGAACACCAUGGAGUGGAUCCAGACCAUUCCUCUGAAGAAGGCUCACCCGCUGAACACAGAUGGCUCAUUGAACCUUCUGGGGUUGGAGACGGUUCGCCUCAUUUACUUUAAGAACAAGACAGCAGAGGGUGAUGAGCUGGUGGUUCCUGAGACAUCGGAUAACAGCCGCAAGCAGAUGGUGCGCAGCAUGAACAACAAGAGACGCUUCUCAUUCAGAGUACCGGAGGAGGAGAGGAUACAACAGAGGAGGGAGAUGCUGAGAGACCCAGAGAUGAGAAGUAAAUUGAUCUCCAAUCCCACCAACUUCAACCACGUGGUGCACAUGGGACCAGGAGACGGCAUCCAGAUCCUCAAAGACCUGCCCAUGCCGGGCUCCCCCCUGCCCUCCCCCCGCUCUCGCCUCAUCUCCACACCCACCAGCUUUGAGCAUGUCUAUCACAUGACCCCUCUCUCUGCCGACAACUUCCUGUCUCAAGACUCCAGCGCCCUCUCCUCUCGAUCCCCGUCCCUAAGCUCCGCCCCCGGGACCCCCGCCUCCACCUGCUCUCUGAAUGUCCGGCCCCAGGAGAGCCGUGGGGUUCUAGGAGGGUCCGUCAGCAUCCCCACCAUCGCCAAGACCCGACCGGAACCGGGACGGUCCAUGAGUGCAAGCAGUGGCCUCGGAACACGUUCUUCUCAGAACGGCAGUGCUCUGCGGCGCGACUUCUCAGGUGGGAGCUACGGCUCGGGGAAGCGGCAGAUGACGUCUCCCUCAGAAGGCUCGCUGUCCUCAGGGGGCGGCGGCCUGGACUGUGGGGGGGACGCUCCCAUCUCCCAGUUUGACCGUGACUGGCCAUCCAAAGAGAAGACUCCCGAUCUGAAACGAGCGUUAAGGACCCUGCUUAGUAAGAUGAAGGAUUCGGACUCCCCCCGCCACUCGACGGCCUCCAACAGCUCCAACCUGAGCAGCCCCCCCAGCCCAGCCUCCCCCCACAAGCCCAAGUCCCUCUCCCUGGAGAGCAGUGAGCGCAUGGGAUGGGAGACAUGAGUCAUACCCCUCCCCCCCUCCCUCACCAAACCUCCAACCUGACCCCCCCACACACCCCAUCCAUCCCCCAGAGCCGGGGACUCUGUCGCUUUGCCGCUCCGAGGACCUCCGUAUCCUACAUACCCCACUUAAUGCUUCAGCCACAUGCGGCAGACUGGGCACCUAGAAGGACUGAGCACCCUGAAAGACUUUAUACCCCAGAAAGCCGAAGUCCCUGGGAGUGUGUGUGUGUGUUUCCCCCUGCCUGAUGCACUUGGUUAAUCAGGCUGGAUUGUUCUGUGUGUGUGUGCGUGUGUGCGUGUGUGCGUGCGCGCGCGAACAUGUGUUUCAAGGGUUUACUUGCACAGAUGGAUGUGCAACCCCAUUCGACCCCUUGCGCAAAAAAAAAAAACAGCCUUGAUGCGUCACCACUGUUUGCCUGCCUGUGGACAGAAGGGACUGGUCGCUGUAGUGGCCAGUGGCCGCACUCACUAGCCUCCCGUCGCUAACGCUAACUACUCAAAACCCGCCGUGAGGAGGCUGAUGGUUUUACACGCUGACAGGAGACAGAAAAACCAUCACCAGGGGCUGAGGGACUGCCCCUCCAUAAGACCCCUUCCCGUCUAACUGGCUGUGACGGCAAGACCUUUUCCUCUCUGUGUUGGAGUGAGCGAAGAAACACUGACUGAAAGGCAAAAUGUUAAGGUUCUCAGCUGAGAAAAAAAAAACUUAAAGCUUUCAUUUAAGAACACUAAAUUUGGACCUGUUCUCGGCUUUUGCUCCUAUCCUCAGGUGAGAUACACACACACACACACACACACACACACACACACACACACACACACACACACACACACACCUGUGUGUGAUACCUGCAAGUGUGCAGGUGUGUCUCACCUGUAGGCUGGGCGGAGUUUAGACGUGUAUAUAGCGUGUGUUUAGAGGAUAAUAUAUUAGCACAGGAAACACUACCCCCAGUGAGAGAGACAACUGGCGGAGGUCACUGCUAGCUUCUCAUUUGACUUUUUGUGUCAAACGGUUGAAGUUCCAUCAACACCUGGUGUAAUGAGUGUUGUUUUUUUUUUUAAUUAUUGUUAUUAUUAUUUUUAUUCUUUAAUUUUAUUAUAGGUUGUUAAUCUUCAAGCUCGAGUACACAACCCAUUAGCUAAAGCUGGAUCAGUUAAACAGGAUUUGGCACAGCAUUGAGAAAAAAAAAAAGAAUACGCUAUUUUAACCAAUUUGGCACAUGUAUGCUGAUUCUCACACACACACACACACACACACACACACACACACACACACACACACACACAAUCACUUGUCCUGUGCAGAAUGUAUUUUGCAGCCUUUUCCCCUUGCUUUGGUUGGCCCUCUCUGAAGCAAUAACGCUAUCUCCAAAGAAGUUAAGUGAGAUCACUACUUAUUUUUAAACUAUUUUAUUUACAUGUUUCAGUGCUACAUUUUUUGUUUUGUUAUUACAUUAAGUGUGUUUACUAUGAUUGUUUGUUUUUGAGCACCCCACAAGUCAUAAAAACAAAUACCAAACAUGUUUGAUAUGAUUUAUAUUCAUGUUAUGAAUAAUUUAACCCUGUGGAUUGUUUCAUUUGUCUCUGAACACUUGAUUUGCUAUUCAUUUGACUGCAUGGGUCACAACGAUUUCCAAGAUCCACCUAGCCACUUCAGUACACACCGCCCACACACACACACUCUUUCUAGAGUAUACUAGUUUACCACAAAGGUGUGCCGCACCGAGUAUGCGUACCUACAAUGUGCAUAAAGCUGCAUUAUAAUAUUUCAGUGUUAUUUUGCCUUAUGUGGCAGAUCAGCUGAUCACUUUGGGACUAAAAGUGGUCUGAGAGGAGCUGGGCCAGGGAUUGAGGAGACGGCAGCCGGUUCUAGAGCGGAACCAGGGCAGGUCCACUCUGAGUUCGGCUGCCGUCGGGCCAUUCACAAGCCCUGUAUCCGUCUCCCUGGAUACUAGCACUUAGAGAGACACACCACUAUUAUUUUGACCACAGCAUUUAACUACACACCACUGCAGCUGAUUGGCUGACCUUCCGUACUUUUCGUUGUCAUUCCAUUUUUCACUACAUUCUGGAAUGGUAAGGGACUCACCAUGGCAACUAGUUAUUCCAUAUUUUGUAUGACCUGAAAUCACAUUCUGACUCUAUUGGUGAAGCUGAGCUUGGCAGUUUCCAAAUGCAACUUUGUAUCCUUAGACGUGUUGGGGCCUGAAAAGCACAAGGUUGUGUAAGUGGACCAGUUUGGCCAUGUUCAGUAAACAGGUUGUGAAGAACUCAUUUAAAAAAAAAAAAAAAAAAACCAACAUGGAGUAUGUUAUCCAUGUGUACUGUUGCGCAUCGCUGCCUAUUUUUCCAGCAGUGAUGCCAACAUUUCAAACAGCACAGCCUCAGAUCGUGCUCAGCCUUCUCGAGCUGUGUCCUGUGGUCUAAUGCAAGAGCUGUAGGAGUCCUCGCUAGCGGAGACCAAGGUCAAGAGUUCAGACAGGUGAAACGUGGGUGGAAACACAUUAGCCUGCUGUAUGGCAGGCAGCAGUUUCUCUUGUGUUGGCUCAUCUUGUGCUCUACGGUGACUGUGUCUUCUGUCUCCAGUCCAAAACCCCAUGGUGCAUGUGUGUUUUGCUUGAGUGCCUGGGUUCCUCCUAGUGUUUUCAAUGCACUGAUGUUUUACACUAGAGCUGUAUGAGAAGCAUUUCAAAGACACUAUGAAAAAAAAAA